CUCAUCACCAAAGAACUGCAACUAGGAACGGUUCGCCACAAAAAAAGAACGUACGGCUAUGAAGACGAGGCGCGGUGCCUGCCACGCGGCGGCGGCGGCCACGGCGCCGGGCGAGGGGCCGGAGGCGCAACGCCGGAAGCGGCGCAGGACGGCGGCGGCCGAGGGGUCGCCAGCGGCGGCCGGCACUCCAGGUGUCCGCCCGGUGGGCAGAGACAUGUUCGAAGAGCUGCCUGACGAUCUCGUCGUCUCCAUACUACGGGACGUCGCCGCGUCCGCCAGUUCGCCGGCCGAUCUCGCCGGCGCCAUGCUCACGUGCAAGAGGUUCAGGGAGCUCGGGCAGAGCAAGGUGGUGCUGGCGCGGGCGUCGCCGCGGUGCCUGGCGGUGCGCGCCAAGGCCUGGUCGGAGGAGGCGCACCGGUUCCUGCAGCGCUGCGCCGACGCGGGCAGCCUGGAAGCGUGCUACCUCCUUGGCAUGAUUCGGUUCUACUGCCUGGGGAUCCGCGGCUCGGGCGCGGCGCUGAUGGCGGCGGCGGCGGUGGGCGGGCACCGCGAGGCGCUCUACUCGCUGGCCGUGGUCCAGUUCAACGGCAGCGGCGGGGGCAAGGACGACCGCGACCUCCGCGCCGGAGCCGCGCUGUGCGCGCGCGCGGCGUCGCUGGGCCACGUGGGCGCGCUCCGCGAGCUGGGGCACUGCCUCCAGGACGGCUACGGCGUGCGGCGGUCCGUGCUGGACGGGCGGCGCCUCCUGAUCCAGGCGAACGCGCGCGAGCUCGCGGCGGUCGCCGCCUCGCCGCCGCCGCAGCUGCUCGGCAAGGCGGCGCCCCACCCGACUCGGCGUCACUCGUGCCUCCUGAGCGACUUCGGGUGCCGCGCCGCGGCCGGGGAGCCGCACGCGGCCAACCGGUUCCUGGCGGACUGGUUCGCGUCGCGGCCGCUGGGUACGGCGGCGGCGGUGGCGGCGGGCGGCGGGAGCGGCUCCUCGCCCGAGGAGGACGGCGCCGGCGCGCUGCGGCUGUGCUCGCAGGCGCUGUGCGGGCGGCCCGAGACGCGGCGGCACGAGUUCAGGCGGUGCUCCGUGUGCGGCCUGGUGAACUACUGCUCCCGCGCGUGCCAGGCGCUGCACUGGAAGAUGGCGCACAAGGCGGAGUGCACGCCCAUGGACCGGUGGCUCGACGUGGUCGGCGUCGGCGGCGGCGCGGCGCCGCAGCCCCACGCUAAUGCCGACGGCGCCGCGGCGGCCCCGGCGCCGUGACGCGCUGGCGGUCGUCCGUUUCUUGUCACUUGUCAGUUAGCGUCCGCAACGUCAGUUUUUACUCCUUUUUUUUUUCUGUCCGUUUCUCGCCCUCCAUUUGUCCUCUGUACUACGGCACCUGUGGUUAUAGUUGGCAAUUGGCAUGGCAUGCUGAGGUAA